UUGAGAAACAAAACUGUAAGCGUUUACUUCUGCUCAAAGAAAAUAAAAAAAAACUGGGAGCUAGUUUUCUAGGCGAAUCCAAUGUUGUCAUUCUAGGAGUCCAGUUUUUGUGGUGUGUGACUAAGGAAUGAAUAGAGGGAAAUAUGAACCGGAUGACUGGGAAGAGUUUGGAACUGGGAGUAAUGAUUGUUUUUCUUCUGAUUAUGUACUCCCUCACAAAGAUUCCUCAGAAGGAGGAUGUAGGUCCUCUAAGUUUGAGCAGCUAGAACAGCAGAAAGAGCCAUUUUUGGAUUACAGACAGUUUGAAGAUCUGGAGCUCGAUGUCCUUUGUCCACUGCUUCCAGCAUGUCCAUAUCAAAUUGCAAUGCUUCGAGAAAUCCAGGAGGAAAUUGAAGAUAUUGGAGUCCCCAAGACGCAAAAUGAACGUCCGUUUUCUUUAUCCACACUUGAGCUGCUAAAGGAUUAUACAAAGGGUCGUAGACGUUUGAACGUUGAACCAAGCGAUGCAAAUUUGGCAGGCCAGAAGUUGUCAACUGAAGAAAUCAUGAGAUUUGCUGGAGUGAAGUUUAUUCAGUCUUCUAUCCAAGUGGCUGGUGUUGGUUCCCUGCUUAAGUAUCCUUAUGAUCUUUCUUUCUCUGGUCUCUCUGACGAGGAGACCAAAAAUGUAGAGCUUGCUGAAUGCAUGCUGGCUUCCGCUGAAAAAGUAGGCAAUCAACAAUAUGACAGUGCCAGAAGAUUGCUAAAUCAAUGCGAUCUCUUGUCUUCCAAUACUGGAAAUCCUGUUCAAAGAGUAGUUUAUUAUUUUUCCGAGGCUCUUCGAAAGAGAAUUGAUCGAGAAACAGGAAAAGUGGCAUCUCAGAGUCUGGAAAGUGACCUAUUUGAUGUCUAUGAAGCAGUGAUGAUUCCAAACCCCAUUAUCCAGGCAUGCUAUGAAGGAAUUCCAUUCUACCAGGCUCCACACUUCGCUGGAACCCAGGCCAUUUUAGAGAACAUGGCCGAGGCAAAGAGGGUUCACGUAAUUGAUCUGAAAAUCAGUAAUGGGCUGCAAUGGACUGUCUUGAUGCAUGCUUUAGCGUCUCGAAAUGAAUGCCCUCUUGAGCUUCUCAAGAUAACUGCUGUGGGGACCAAUUCAAAGCAACAUAUUGAGGAUACAGGUAACCGUUUAAAGAGUUUUGCUCAGACAACUAACAUACCCUUUUCUUUUAAGAUAGUUAUGGUAUCAAGCAUGCUUGAUCUCAAAGAGGAUCUCUUUGAGUUAGAUGCCGAUGAACAACUAGCUGUAUACUCUGAAUAUGCACUAAAGAGCUUGAUUGUGCAGCCAAAUCAGCUGGGUCAUUUAAUGGAAGUUUUCAGGAGUAUCAAUCCGUGUGUGUUGGUGAUGAUUGAAAUAGAAGCAAAUCACAACUCGAGGGUCUUUGUCCAUCGUUUCAUUGAAACUCUUUUUUACUUCAGUGCAUAUUUUGAUUGUGUUGAUGCAUGUCUGGAACAUAAUGAUCCAUCUAGCAGGAUGAUUAUAGAAUCCAUUUACUUGGGCGAAGGAAUCAGGAAUAUUGUGGCUAGUGAGGGAGAGGAAAGGAAGAUUCGAAAUGUGAAGAUUGAUGUGUGGAGAAAAUUCCUUGCACAGUUUGGAAUGGUAGAGACAGAACUGAGCGAGGCAUCCUUGCAUCAGGCAAACUUUGUUAUCAAGAAAUUUGCUUUUGGGAGCUGCUGUACAUUUGAUAUAGAUGGGAAAAGCCUGCUUAUUGGGUGGAAGGGCACACCAAUUCUUUCACUUUCCACUUGGAAGUUCAUGUCACAAGACUAGUAAGGAUUUGUUUGUUCAAUUGCCAACAGAUUUUAGCAGUUGUUCCUUUUUUGGUGGAAAAAUCCUGUUACAUAAGAAUUUGUCUGAAUUUUUAAUUUUUUGGACAGACUGUUUAAAGGCAGUUCUUAAUGAAUUUUCUUUUGAACUGAAUUAAAAAUUUAUAAUAUGUGCUGUAUUCACUUUACAGAUGAAAAUGAUUUUGCCCAAAUUCCAAAGGCAAGGCCCACAUAUGAAUAAGAGUAAGCUUGAUUUCAGGGAUCCCAUUCUUUCAA